AUGAGAGGGCUUCUAGUUGGUUUCCAUUUCUGUCCCAUUCUGUUGAGUGGUGUUGCUGUAUUUCUUGUGGCUUUCAGUUCGUCGGCCCGCGCUGACUUGAGCAGGGACGAGGUUUUCGAGAGAGUUGAAGGAUUUGAGCUAAUUGGUCAUAUCACCAAGACAUUAUACGCUGAAGAAAUAAGCCGUGGAUUGAGAUGCCUUCAAGAUGAAAAAUGCCAGUCUUACAACAGCAAGUCCGAUCUUGAAGGAGGAUGUGAGUUAGCCAUCAUGUGUGAUAUCAUUUACGCUGGAAACAAAGCUAAGUUUGGUCAACCAGAGAUUUUGCUUGGAACUAUUCCAGGUGCUGGUGGUACACAGCGACUUCCAAGAGCUGUUGGGAAGUCCCUGGCUAUGGAAAUGAUACUCACAGGAGAUCCUAUUUCAGCAGAAGAUGCACAGAAAUCAGGCCUGGUUAAUAAAGUCUUCCCCGCAGAAGAGCUCGUAGAUGAAGCUAUCAAGACAGCUGCAAAAAUAUCAUCCUUGUCGAAGAUUGCCGUACAGAUCGCCAAAGAAGCUGUCAACACAGGCUACGAGAUGUCACUGGCAGAAGGACUGCAUUUUGAGAAAAGAAUGUUUCACUCAACAUUUUCAACAGACGAUCGAAAGGAAGGGAUGACAGCUUUUGUCGAAAAACGAAAAGCCGAAUUUAUGGACAAUUAG